GCCAAAUCCAUCCGGCUGUGUUUGAAUUUCAAUAUCAAAAAAAAGGGAGAUGGGACAAUCCAAUAGAAGGUUCCUUCUUUCAUCAUCAUGGUACGUAGCAUCCAUCCAUCCUUGGUACAUUAUCUCAUCCAUCCAUUCAUCAACGAAUCCAUAUAAAAAUACAGUCUACAAAUCAACAUCUAUUUUUACAACAUUCUUGGAAUCAUCGAUUUUUUUUUUUCGUUACUCUACAGUCUUCAAAACCUAAUUGACCGUGAAAAAGCAAUGAAUGAAUGGAUGAAUGGGAAAACAAUAAAGAGAACUUUCCGCAAGUUCAGCUACCGUGGCGUCGAUCUCGACCAAUUAUUGGAUUUAUCUUCUGAACAAUUCAUGGAUUUGGUGCAUUGCCGUGCUCGUAGACGUUUCCAACGUGGUUUGAAGCGCAAGCCUAUGGGUUUGAUCAAGAAGCUUCGCAAGGCCAAGACUGAAGCCCCCUCUGGUGAAAAGCCUGCCACUGUCAAGACCCAUUUGCGUAACAUGAUCAUCGUUCCCGAAAUGAUUGGUUCCAUCGUCGGUGUCUACAACGGUAAGACUUUCAACCAAGUGGAAAUCCGUCCUGAAAUGGUGGGUCAUUACCUCGGUGAAUUCUCUAUCACUUACAAGCCUGUUCGUCACGGUCGUCCUGGUAUUGGUGCCACUCACUCUUCCCGAUUCGUUCCUCUUAAAUAAAGAAAAACAAUCAUCAUUGUGUUUUAUUAUUCUUGUCAACUUUAAUAUAUAUAUAUUUGU